AUAAUAACGUUGUGGAGACUGAGACGAAGAAGAAGAAGAACACAUGAAGCUUCUUCUCUGUUAUUUGAGUUUUUUUUCUUUCUUUUUGGGGAUUUGAGUAUAGUCAUUGGCUUCCUCGUUUGUCUGUUCAAGAUGGGACAAAGCUUUUGACNUUUUGACUUUUUUUUUUUUUUUUUUCUCUUCAUCUCUCUCUCUCUCUUCUCUUCUGGGUUAUUCUUCAAAGUUUUGAUUUUUUUUUACCUGAUCUGUGAGAUUUCGAUUUGUGUCUAUUUUCUCCUCCUCUCAUUUCGUAAUCCAAUUGGAUUUGACUGUUUCUUAUGAUCCGAGGUUUCUAAAUUUGGGACCUUUAAUUUUCUUCCCCUUUUGAUUACUGAAAUCCUUAAUUAGGGUUUCAGUUAAAAACCCAAACUUUGAGUCCAAUUUUAGGGAUUUUGAUGCAUAUCUCACUUUGGAAGCCAAUUUAUCACUGUGCUGCUGCUCUAGUUUUGGACAAGAAGAGCAGUAGUAGUAGCAACAACAGGAAUCGAGAUGUGACUCAGCGGAAACUCCAUGAAUCUAAGCUCAGGGAAGCUCUCGAACAAGCUUCAGAAGAUGGCUUACUCGUCAAAUCUCAAGACAUUGAUGACGAAGAAGACGAGUCUCAAGAUCAAACCCUUGGACGGUCAAGAUCACUCGCUAGACUCAACGCUCAACGCGAGUUCUUGCGUGCUACAUCACUCGCUGCUCAAAGAGCGUUCGAAUCUGAAGAUACUUUGCCUCAGCUCGAAGAAGCACUUGACAUGUUUCUCACCAUGUAUCCAAAGUAUCGAUCUUCUGAGAAAGUUGAUCAACUGAGGAACGAUGAGUAUUUCCACUUAUCGUUACCAAAGGUAUGUCUUGACUAUUGUGGAUUUGGGUUGUUCUCUUAUCUUCAGACAGUUCAUUACUGGGACACUUGCACUUUUAGUUUGUCUGAGAUUAGUGCCAAUCUUAGCAAUCAUGCUAUCCACGGUGGUGCUGAGAAAGGUUCUAUUGAACAUGAUAUCAAGAUUAGGAUCAUGGAUUACUUGAACAUCCCUGAGAAUGAGUAUGGUCUUGUGUUCACUGUUAGCAGAGGCUCUGCGUUCAAGUUGCUUGCUGAGUCUUAUCCGUUCCACACUAACAAGAAGCUUCUCACUAUGUUUGAUCACGAGAGCCAAUCCGUUAGUUGGAUGGGUCAGUGCGCAAAGGAGAAAGGAGCAAAGGUUGGUAGCGCCUGGUUUAAGUGGCCUACACUUAGGCUGUGUUCAAUGGAUCUUAAGAAGGAGAUUUUGAGUAAGAAGAAGAGGAAGAAGGAUUCAGCGACCGGUUUGUUUGUAUUUCCUGUUCAGUCAAGGGUCACGGGUUCUAAAUAUUCUUACCAGUGGAUGGCAUUGGCUCAGCAAAACAAUUGGCAUGUGUUGCUUGAUGCUGGUGCUUUGGGUCCUAAAGACAUGGACUCGCUUGGCUUGUCUUUGUUUCGACCGGAUUUUAUUAUCACUUCGUUUUAUCGUGUGUUUGGGUAUGAUCCUACUGGGUUUGGUUGUCUGUUGAUUAAGAAAUCUGUGAUUAGCUGCUUGCAGAGUCAAUCCGGGAAAACGAGUUCAGGAAUAGUGAAGAUAACACCAGAGUAUCCUCUGUAUCUAAGUGACUUCAUGGAUGGUUUGGAAGGUUUGACUGGGAUUCAAGAUAAUGAUAUCGCUAUUAAUGGAGAUAAUAAAGCCUUGGGAACUCAGUUACCCGCGUUUUCUGGUGUGUAUACUUCUGCUCAGGUGCAGGAUGUCUUUGAGACAGAUAUGGAUCAUGAAAUUGGUUCUGAUAGAGAUAACACAAGCACUGUGUUUGAGGAAGCUGAGGGUAUCUCAGUAGGUGAAUUGAUUAAGAGUCCAGUUUUCAGCGAAGACGAGUCAUCGGAUAGCUCACUCUGGAUUGAUUUGGGUCAGAGUCCUGCUGAUUCUGAUAAUGCAGGUCAUCUGAACAAGCAAACGAGCCCUUUAUUGGUUCCACAAAACCACAAGAGAAGAAUCUCGCCUAAACCAGCUUCAAAGGCUAAUAAUAAUGGCAGCGGAAGGCAUGUUCUCUCUUUUGAUGCUGCUGUUUUGUCAAGGCUGCCUAGAUCAGACUCAGAUGGAGAGCACAAGAAUCUUGUUCAGAUUUACGGUCCCAAGAUCAAAUACGAACGCGGAUCCUCUGUGGCAUUUAAUGUCAGGGAUUUGAAAAGUGGAAUGGUGCAUCCUGAGGUAGUGCAGAAACUAGCUGAAAGAGAAGGGAUAUCUCUAGGCAUUGGUUACCUCAGUCACAUAAAGAUCAUCGAUAGUCGAAGCGGAGAUUCAAGUUCUUGGAAACCGGUGGAUUGUGAUGGAAAAAACAACGGGUUCAUAAGAGUUGAGGUUGUCACAGCUUCUCUUGGGUUCUUGACAGACUUUGAAGAUGUUUACAGACUAUGGUAUUUUCUGGCGAAGUUCUUGAGUCCAGGUUUUGCUAAACAGGGGACACUCCCAACAGUUAUUGAAGAAGAUGAUUCUUCAGAGACUUAAAAAGACAUGAGCAGUGGAUACAAUUUUUUUCAUACACUUCCUUUACUGUACUUAUCUGUUAUUAUCUGAGAACAUUCUCUUGUAUGAUUUUGGGAAGUUAUUUGAGCAGAGAUGAUCUUAGACACGA